AUGCUCCUUUUGCCACCAUCAGCAUUUCAAUCGACACUAUCAUUUCAUUCGACAAGUGAACGAGAUAAUCAAACAACAACAGUUCAUGAACAACUCGAACAGUUACAAGUGGAAAUUGGACGAUUAAGAACGAAUAAUGAAGCUCUUAAAACAUCUGGUCGAGAUUUACUCGAACGCGCACCUCCAUUGAUCAAUUUACCUCGCCGUUCAAAUAUUGUUCAAGAAACACUUGAAGAUAUUAUUCAACAACAAGCAACUGAAAUCGAACGCUUACGUCACGAACUCGAACGUGAAAAGUCACGUUGUUUGCUUGCUAUCAAUGAUGUUGAACAAACAUUACGCACAAAAGAGUUAUCUUGGCAAGCAAAACUGAACGAAUUCGAAAUUCGUUCAGCUGAAUUGCAGAAAGUUCGAAAAGAAAAACUUUACUAUGAACAAUUGUUAUCCUCACAACAAUCAUUAACAUCGACGGAUGUUCUCAAUACGAAAUUAUCGCAACAACUUGAACAACGCGAAAAAGAAAACGCGGCAUUGAAUGACGAGAUGCGACUAUUGAAUUUAAGAUUAACAUCGAUGAAUGAUGUAUUGACUUUACAAGAAGAAAAACUUGAACAAACAACGUCGAAUAAUACCGAAAAACGUCAGUCACUUUUGAAUUGUUGGCGAACAAAAGUGUAUGAUUUACUCAUGCAAUUAAAGUCGAUGGAAUUGAUCCUGAAGAAUAAUAGUAGUAAAUUUUCAAAUGAUAAACGAAAUAAUAUUGAACAGUUACAAGGCAAAGUUACUGAACUUCUUCAUGAAAAUAAACUUCUCCAAACUCAAUACGACGAACGAAAGAUUCACAUUCAAUAUUUGGAAUCGAAACUACAUCAAUCAGAUUCAAACUUAAGCUUAAUUCUCGACGAAAACACAUCUCUCAAACAACGUCUUCAAUCCUAUGAGUACACCGAGCAAGUCAUUCGUGAAAUGUUGGUAAAAUUCACAACUAAUCCUCGCUAUGACGAUCUAUUCAAAACUAUCAACAAAACUCUGUCAAUCUACGAGCAGCGUCUCGGCUACAUCAACAAACGUUUUCUUGUCCUUCAAACAUUAUUCAAUCGUCAACUAUUAUCCCUCUCAUCGAAACAACACGUUACCAUUGCAAUACAAACAGAAGAUGAAGAAUAUCUGGAUUUGUCCUUGCUCGAACGGGAGUUGAAAACAGUCUCUCAUGAACGCGAUUUACUCGCGCAUAAACUCGAUGAAGAAUACAAACAUUCGAAAGCUCGCGCAGAGCAAUUGGACGAGAAAUACCGAGAAGAGAUAAGUAUUAAUAAAGAGAAAUUGAUCAUGAUGCAAUUGGUAUCGGAAAAGAACACAAAUACGAUUCAAAUCUAUGAAACAACAUUAAUGGAAAAAGAUAAACAAUUGAAAGAAAUAACUGAAAAAUGGAACGAUGAACAGCAGAAACAAACAGAUCAGUUGGGAUUGCUAAAACGAGAGUUCGAAGAAAGAGAACAAACGAUACUGAGUGAAAGAGAUGAUUUAGAAAAACAAUUAAAUGAAGCAAAACGUGAACAAGCAAAGUUCGCAGCUAACUGCCGUCAAAUGGAACGCACAACAACUCGUGAAAAGGAGCGUUGGCAACGGCAAAUAGCUGAUGCUCAAUUACGCUCUGAUGCUGAAAUCGAUAAACUGACAAAACGCAUAAUGACACUCGAACGUGAACGAAACUUGCUAAUGAAAACGAUUCAUCAAGAGAAAUCUCAUUCACUCUCGGAUGACGGUGAUUUGCACCAUUUAGUAUCCGAAAUUCGACAAUUAGCCAGUCAAGCACUGGAUGAAUCGAGUGACGAAGAAGAAACAAAGAAAAUUUUAUAG